GUUACUUCCGGGUAAAGAAGCCAGGAUAGGCAGCUAGCUCUCAAACGUCACAAAGAGUGUGAUAUUAGUCGAUUUCAGAGAUGUGUGCAUGGAAAGGAUUAUUGAAUAAGUACGGAAUGCAAACACCUAUCACAUGGCUGCAAUAGCCAAAAAGCAUUUUACGACCUAGCAUAUUACUUUCACCGUUCAACUGGAAAGUAGCAAGCUAGCUAGCAUAACAAUAGUAGUGUCAUCUUUUUCUAGCUAGUCCUUUUCUGACACCAACCAGAUGCAUAGGAGAGGAGUAGGUGCAGGAGCUAUCGCCAAAAAGAAGCUUGCAGAGGCCAAGUAUAAAGAGAGGGGGACAGUUCUAGCUGAGGAUCAAAUUGUUCAGAUGUCAAAACAGCUGGAGACCUUCAAAUCUAACCUUGAGGAAUUUGCCAGCAAGCACAAACAAGAGAUUCGUAAGAGUUCCCAGUUCCGGGUCCAGUUUCAGGAGAUGUGUGCCACCAUUGGAGUCGACCCACUUGCCUCUGGCAAAGGCUUUUGGUCGGAGAUGCUUGGUGUGGGUGACUUCUAUUACGAGCUGGGUGUGCAGAUCAUUGAAGUAUGCCUGGCCCUGAAACACAGAAAUGGAGGACUUAUUACCCUGGAUGAGCUCCAUCAUAGAGUGUUGAAGGGAAGGGGGAAAUUUGCUCAGGAUGUGAGCCAAGAUGACUUGGUGCGGGCCAUAAAGAAGCUGAAAGCCAUGGGGAACGGCUUUGGGAUGAUUCCUGUUGGAAGCUCUUACCUUGUGCAGUCAGUGCCAGCAGAGCUCAACAUGGACCACACUGUGGUACUUCAGCUGGCUGAGAAGAAGGGCUACGUUUCAGUGAGUGAGAUCAGAGAGUCUCUCAAGUGGGAGCGAGAGCGGGCCUGUCAUGUGCUGGAAGACCUGUUGAAAGAGGGCUUGGCGUGGUUGGAUUCCCAAGCUUCCGGAGAGCCACAGUAUUGGCUGCCAGCCCUCUUCUCUGAGCUGACUUCCCGUGAUGUCACACCUGAGGAGGCCAAUCAGAUGACGCCUUAAGAAAAAUAGGAUUUUUGGUACGUGGGAAGUCAGGGGGGACAUUUUGAUGAACAAUGUGUGCAUGUUGGGAAUGUCCUGAAUUGUAAUGGGGUGUAUACGCAAUUAUUAGGCAAGUUGUAUGUUUGAGGAUUAAUUUUAUUUUUGAACGACUACAGUGCUCUCGGUCAAUCCAAAAUGUUAAUAAAUCUCAAACCUUUCUUUGGAGAAUAUCUGUGUGCACAAUUAUUGGGCAACUAUUAGUGUGCAGAAUUAUUAUGCAACUUAAUGAAAAACGAAAAGUUCCCCAUCUCACUUGUUUAUUUUCGUCUGUUAAAGUGAGAAUAAUAAACAAACUCAAAAUUUACAAAUAAACAUUUCUGACAUUUCAACAACAAAAAUAUUCUGUGACCAAUAUAGCCACCUUUCUUUUCAAUAACAGUCAUAAGCCUUCCAUCCAUGGAGUCAGUCAGUUUUUUGAUCGGUUGACGAUCAACUUUUUGUGCAGCAGCAACCACAGCCUCCCAGACACUGGUCAGAGAGGUGAACUGUUUUCCUUCACCGUAAAUCGACCGUUUAAGAAGGGAACACAAGUUCUCAAUAGGGUUUAGGUCAGGUGAGGAAGGAGGCCAUGUCAUUAUUCUUUCAUCUUUAAGGCCUUUACUGGCUAGCCACGCAGUGGAGUACUUCGAUGCAUGCGAUGGAGCAUUGUCCUGUAUAAAAAUCAUGGUCUUCUUGAAAGAUGCAGACUUUUUCCUAUACCACUGCUUGAAGAAAGUGUCUUCUAAAAACUGGCAGUAGGUUUGGGAGUUGAGUUUGAGUCCAUCUUCAACCCGAAAAGGUUCAACUAACUCAUCUUUAAUAAUACCAGCCCAUACCAGUACUCCACCUCCACCUUGCUGGCGUCUGAGUCGAAGUGGAGCUCCGUGCCUGUUACUGAUCCAGCCACGGGCCCAUCCAUCUGGUCCGUCAAGAGUCACUCUCAUCUCAUCAGUCCAUAAAACCUUUGAAAUAUCUGUCUUCUUGGCCCAGUCUUGACGUUUCAACUUAUGUGUCUUGUUCAGUGGUGGUCGGGUUUCAGCCUUCCUUACCUUGGCCAUGUCUCUGAGCACUGAACACCUUGUACUUCUGGGCACUCCAGGUAGGUUGCAGUUCUGGAAUAUGACAGCACUGGAGGAUAAUGGGUUCCUGGUAGCUUCACGUUUGAUUCUUCUCAAAUCUUUGGCAGUUCAUUUGCGUAUUUUUUUCUCAACACGGUUCUUGCGACCCUGUUGACUAAGUGCAACAAAACGUUUGAUGGUUCUGUGAUCACGCCCCAAAACUUACAGCUUGGAGUUGGGAAAUAUGCAUAAUAAUGAUGAUAUGGUCAAAAUACUGACUUGCCUAAUAAUUGUGCACACAGUGUAUAAUUUCAAGGGUAGGUACACAUCAUCUUGCUUUCCUUCAGUGAUUGUGGAGAUGAAAACUAGGUUACAAAUGUUAUGUUUUCUGUGUCAGUUGACAUUUUCAUUAUAUUCAAUUACCUUUUAUUAAAACAUCAGAGUAAU